UAUUUGAAAGCAGUACUAAGGCAAGAUGUCGGUUACUUUGAUUUGCAUGUGACAAGCAUCGCGGAAGUAAUCACUAGCGUUUCUAGUGACAGCCUCAUUAUUCAAGAUGUUAUCAGUGAAAAGGUCCCCUUGGUUGUGAUGAAUGUGGCUGCAUUUUUCGGUGCCUAUUUGGUGGGAUUCUUGAUGUUGUGGAGACUAGCUAUUGUUGGGUUGCCGUUGGUGGUAAUAUUGGUUGUUCCAGGAUUGAUUUGUGGGAGAAAUCUAAUGGGAAUUGCAAGAGAUAUGCGAGAUGAGUAUAACAAAGCAGGUACAAUAGUGGAAAAAGCAAUCUCAUCAAUAAGAACAGUUUAUUCAUUUGUUGGAGAGAAUAAAACCACGAUAGAGUACUCUGCUGCACUGCAAGGAACAGUAGAUUUGGGAAUUAAACAGGGAUUAGCAAAAGGUUUGGCUAUUGGAAGUAAUGGCCUUGUGUUUGCUAUCUGGGCCUUCAUGUCUUACUAUGGUAGCAGAAUGGUGAUGUACCAUGGUGCCCAUGGUGGAACUGUUUUUGCUGUUGGUGCUGCCAACGCUUUAGGUGGAUUGUCACUUGGUACUGCUUUAUCGAAUGUGAAAUACUUCUCUGAAGCCAUUGCUGCUGGAGAACGAAUAAUGGAAAUGAUAAACAGAAUCCCUGUGAUUGAUUCAGAGAACAAGGAAGGUGAUAUUCUAGCAAAUGUAUUGGGGGAGGUGGAAUUCAAACACAUUGAAUUCGCAUACCCUUCAAGACCAGAAACUACAAUAUUCAAAGACUUGAACCUCAAGAUUCCUGCUGGGAAGGCAGUGGCAUUGGUCGGUGGGAGCGGCUCUGGGAAGUCAACAGUAAUAGCAUUGUUGCAGAGAUUUUAUGAUCCAGUAGGGGGAGAAAUAAUGGUGGAUGGAGUAGGCAUAGAGAAGCUGCAGUUGAAAUGGCUGAGGUCACAAAUGGGCUUGGUGAGUCAAGAGCCAGCAUUAUUUGCAACAACAAUAAAAGAGAACAUACUUUUUGGCAAAGAAUAUGGAAGUAUGGAGGAGGUUAUAGGAGCGGCCAGAGCUGCAAAUGCUCAUAACUUCAUUAGUCAGUUGCCUCAGGGUUAUGAUACCCAGGUGGGGGAAAGAGGCGUUCAAAUGUCAGGAGGACAAAAGCAGAGAAUAGCAAUAGCUCGAGCAAUUAUCAAAGUACCUCGCAUCCUCCUCCUAGACGAGGCUACCAGCGCUUUGGACUCUGAGUCUGAACGUGUUGUACAAGAAGCACUUGACCAGGCCUCUGUUGGCCGGACCACCAUCAUCAUUGCCCACCGUCUCUCAACCAUCCAACAUGCUGACCUCAUUGCCGUUAUUCAAGAUAGCAAAAUCACAGAGACUGGCUCACACCAUGAUCUCAUUGAAGAUACAGACAGCCUGUACUCAACUUUAGUCCACCUCCAACGUUCCCAAAAAAAUAACGUGAUGUUGUCUACUGGUACCAACAAUACUAAUUAUAACGGUGCUUCAAAAUCUAAGACUGACAUCAAUAGUACAAGUUCUCGAAGAUUUUCAAGGAUUAGUCGAUCAAGCCCUGCCAACCAAGGAGAUGGUGAGCAUGUCAAUAUUGAGCAUAAAAAUACUAAUCAGCAAACUUUGUUAGUACCAUCAUUUAAAAGACUUCUGGAAAUGAAUCUUCCUGAAUGGAGGCAAGCUGUAUUAGGGAGUGCUGGGGCAAUCUUAUUUGGUGCCAUUCAGCCAAUUUAUUCUUUCACUAUGGGUUCUAUGGUAUCAGUGUAUUUUCUGUCGGACCAUGCCAAAAUCAAGGAGAAAACUAGGAUUUACGCUCUCUGUUUUGUUGGUUUGGCACUGUUCUCUUUUAUCGUCAAUGUAAUUCAGCACUAUAACUUCGCGGCUAUGGGUGAGCUCCUGACAAAGAGGAUCAGAGAAAGAAUGUUGUCCAAAUUACUCACUUUUGAGAUUGGUUGGUUUGAUCAAGAUGAGAAUUCCAGUGGUGCUGUUUGUUCCAGGCUCUCCAAAGACGCUAAUGUGGUGAGAUCUUUAGUGGGUGAUCGCAUGGCCCUUGUAGUUCAGACACUAUCAGCAGUGACAAUAGCCUUCACCAUGGGCCUAAUUAUUGCUUGGAAGCUUGCUAUUGUAAUAAUCGCCAUCCAGCCCCUUAUCAUUGGUUGCUACUACUACAAAUGUAUUUUGCUUAAAAAUAUGUCUGCAAAGGCUAUCAAGUCACAAGACGAGACUAGCAAGCUGGCAGCAGAAGCUGUUUCAAAUCUCAAAACAGUCACAGCCUUUUCAUCCCAGGACCGAAUACUCAAAAUGCUCGAACAAGCCCAAGAAGGCCCACAUUGUGAAAAUGCUAGACAAUCAAGGUAUGCAGGUAUCGGUCUAGGAAUUUCCCAGAGUCUCAUGGCAUGCACUUGGGCAUUGAACUACUGGUAUGGCGGCAAACUCCUUUCUGAUGGUCUGAUCAAUUCCAAGGCUUUCUUUGAGACCUUUAUGAUCCUGGUAAGUACAGGUCGGGUAAUUGCUAAUGCCGGAACCAUGACUAGUGACAUUGCCAAAGGUUCUGAUGCUGUUGGAUCAGUUUUUGCUGUCCUGGACCGAAUCACGCUCAUUAACCCCGAAGACCCUGAUGGCCAUAAGCCUGAGAAAAUAAAGGGCCACCUUGAGCUCCAGGAUGUUCACUUCACAUAUCCCCUGCGGCCAGAUGUGCCAAUUUUUGCAGGUUUCACAAUCAAGAUUGAAGCAGGGAAAUCAACAGCAUUAGUGGGGCAAAGCGGCUCUGGCAAGUCAACCAUAAUUGGGCUGAUCCAGAGAUUCUACGACCCUCUUAAAGGUUCAGUAAAAAUAGAUGGAAAAGAUAUAAGAUCGUUUCACCUCAGAUCACUGAGGAAACACAUUGCACUUGUCAGUCAAGAACCUACAUUGUUUGCUGGAACAAUACGCGAAAACAUCACCUACGGAGCAUCUGAUGCAACCAACGAAUCAGAAAUCAUCGAGGCAGCCAAGGCAGCAAAUGCUCAUGAUUUCAUCACUGGUCUAAAAGAUGGAUAUGAUACAGGGUGUGGCGACAGAGGAUUACAACUCUCUGGUGGUCAAAAGCAACGCAUUGCAAUCGCCCGAGCAAUCCUGAAAAGUCCAGCUGUGUUACUGUUAGAUGAAGCUACAAGUGCUCUUGAUAGUCAAACCGAGAAAGUGGUGCAAGAUGCACUAGAGCAUCUUAUGGUGGGAAGGACUAGUGUGGUGGUGGCACAUAGAUUAAGUACAAUACAAAACUGUGACACAAUUGCAGUGCUUGACAAAGGAAAGGUUGUUGAAAAUGGAACUCACUCGGCCUUGCUAGCAAAGGGAUCCGCUGGGGCCUAUUACGCUUUGGUUAACCUUCAAAGAUUAAGGGACACCAACGGCUAAGAGCAAGUCCAAACAGGUUACCUAUACGAUGUCCUAAACUCACAUUUAGGUCAUGUGUAAAAAAAAUGCACUCCAACACUAUCACUAGCACAACCUUAAUUCUCCAAGCCAUUACCUAUUUAUAAGUAACCCGAGGCAUUACCUAUUUAAUAUUUAUGAAUAAAAUAAUCAUCCCUCUUCUUCUUUCUUUGUCUAUUCUCUCCUUUUACCCCUCUCUCUCAAAUUUAUUAUUAAAAUAAUAUUAGGAGAACAAAUAUAGAGAUUACUAUUGGAGUUGACACUAAAAAUAGAUUACUUAAAUCACUAAAACAUGCU